AUGCUGAAUCCUCAGUGGAGCAGCCUUUUGUCCAUUCUGGGAGUUCUGCUCUUCUACUCAGUGGUAGGAGGUCAUGGCCAUUGCUUGGAGAGUGGUCGGUGUAGGGACAUGGACACAGAAGCUGGCCUUUUGGAGUGCCUCAGAGCCUGCAGGGUGGAUCUCUCGGCUGAGUCACCAGUCUAUCCCGGCAACGGCCACAUGCAGCCUCUGUCUGAGAAUAUUCGGAAGUAUGUCAUGAGCCAUUUCCGCUGGAACAAGUUUGGCAAAAGCAACAGCAGUGGCGGUGACUUGGGCCAUAAGAGAGAGGAGCUCUCCAGAGACCCCAUCCUGGACCUCUUUCCGUUUCCUUCACAAGCCCGGAGCAAUUGGGGAGGAGACAAUGAAGGCCACCAAGACCUGGAAAGGCAAGAAAACAAGCGAUCCUACGCCAUGGAGCACUUCCGAUGGGGGAAGCCCGUGGGCCGGAAGAGGCGACCUGUGAGGGUAUACCCAAAUGGAGUGGAGGAGGAAUCCGCAGAGAGCUAUCCCCAGGAGUUCAGACGAGAACUUUCCUUGGAAGUGGACUACCCCGAAUUUGACUCCCAUGAGGAAAAGAAGAGUUCUGAAGCCGUGAUGUCCGAAGAGGAGAAGGAGGACCUGCCAGAAGAAGUGAAGAAAGACGGCGCUUCAUACAAGAUGCGUCACUUCCGGUGGAACGCCCCGCCUAAGGACAAACGCUACGGUGGCUUUAUGACCUCAGAACGCAGCCAUACACCCCUAGUGACUCUUUUUAAGAAUGCCAUAACCAAAAACGCCUACAAGAAAGGCCAAUAA